AUGCCUGCCAGAAGCACUGCCCAAAGAAGACUUCUCAAAGAAUACCAAGAGCUCUCGAGAGACCCACCAGAAGGUAUCAUUGCUGGGCCUGCCAACGAAGACAACCUUUUUGUAUGGGAUUGUCUACUUGAAGGUCCUCCAGGAACAUCAUACGAGAAUGGGGUAUUUUCCGCAGUGCUCACUUUCCCAAAAGAUUAUCCAUUGUCUCCACCACUGUUGAAGUUUGAUCCUCCAAUUUUGCACCCUAAUAUCUAUGCCGAUGGUAAUGUGUGCAUAUCGAUCUUACACCCUCCAGGAGAAGAUCCUAAUCAAUACGAACGGGCCGAAGAAAGAUGGAGUCCGGUACAAAGCGUUGAGAAGAUCUUGUUGAGUGUGGUCAGCAUGUUAGCAGAACCAAACGUCGAAAGUGGAGCCAACAUUGAUGCCUGCAAGUUGUGGAGAGAUGAUAGAAAAAAGUUUGAGGAGAUUGUGAGGAAUGAUGUGAAGAAGUCUUUGGGGUUGUAG